AUGGGGACGCCGGAGAAUCCGGAAUUGGCGCGUCUCAAUGAGCCUGCAACAGUAAACACUAUUCCGCCCACAACUACAGACCAAUUUCCCUCUAAUUACAACUAUGCUAAAGCAAUUCAAAACCCUAAAGCUCCCAUCUUGAAACAAAAUCGAUUGGGGAACCCAGAAAUUACCGCCAAAUACACCACUCCUAAUGGAGUACCAGCUGUGCUAUUCAAUAACGGGGAAUAUUAUGGUGUAAUGUCUGAUGAAUGUAAAUUUACUUUGGUUGGGAAAUUUAUUCGAUCCAUGCCCCAAAUAGAAAAGCUACGAGCAAGAUUUGCUGAGAUAAUCACUGUUAGAGGUAAAGUUACAAUUAGUGUUUAUGAUUAUCGUACAGUCUUUCUAGAUUUCUCAAAUGAGGAUGAUUUUAAGACAGUUUGGUACAGACGCUCCAUUGAAAUUGAUGAACAAGUUAUGUGGUUAGAAAAGUGGACGCCGGAGUUCAAACCGCAUAAGGAUUCUCCGGUAGUUCUUGUUUGGGUUCUAUUACCUGGCUUGCCCUUUCACUUACAUUCAUGGAAUUAUAUAAAACAAAUAGUAGCCCCGAUAGGAACCCCUCUUAUGAUGGAUCCUGCCACUGAGAAUAGGACCAGGCCAAGUAUGGCAAAAGUGAGAGUCGAGGUCAAUCUCACCGAGACUAAAAUUAACUCUAUUUCCAUUGGUACUGAAAAUGAAAAUUGCCCUCGCAAAGGAUUCUAUCAGAAGCUUGAAUAUGAGAAUGCCGCCAAGUUUUGCGAAAAUGAUCCAAAUACCUCAACUUUGGCUAGAACUGAACAGGGGGAGGAUGGUUUCACCGAAGUUAACAGAAGGAAGAAUAAGAAGGUCUUAAAGAAUACCAACACCCGGAAUGGAAACGAUCACGCUAGAGGAACCGGGAAAAAUACUGCCCAAAACAAAACAGAGAAGAAUCAGGGGAAACAGAAGACAACUCAAAUUAAUCAACAGGCUAUUUCUCAGGUCGAGGGGCAGGGGAUUAAAUGCAUAAACACCAGUGGAAAGCAGACUAAUCGGCCAAGCGACCAAACUGCAGUCGCUGCCACUGGAAACAGCAAGCAGCCAGUCGCUGCCACUGGAAACAGCAAGCUGCCAGUCGACCAAAUUGUCACUGCAAACAGCAAGCAUGGUAACGAAAUAAAUCCUGCUGAGAUGCAAAAACCUGAAGAAGAAAACAAGCAACAUGAAAACAAAGGUAAACCAAGAUCUGGUAAUGCUCAAGAACCCUUUGAAGAAUCUGACAAACCUUUAGAUGGAAAAAAGCGGAUAGAGGAGCAACACCAGAACAAUAUGGAAGUCAAUCAAGGUUUAGAAGUGAAUGAAAUAGCGGAUAGCCAGGGCAGCAGUUCAAGAGGAAUACAAAAGGAUCAUAUGUCUCCUACAACAGUAGAUACUGCGUGUUUACAACUAAAAGGAGGCAGGAUAAAGAUUGAUUUGGGAAACAUUGAGUUCAUUCCUCCUGAAAAUAGACAAGGCACUGUUCUAGGAAAUAAUUCGGAUCAGGAGUAUUGCUACAUAACCAGUGAAGAACAAAUUGCCGAAAUAUCUUUGGAUGAGGAAGUUCCUGAUAGCUUCUUAGACGUCUCUGAAGAAGAAGAAGCACAAAUCCUUAACAGUUUAUUUGAAGUCUUUGCUCCAACUCUAAAAGAAUGUAAGGGCCCUAUUACACAAGAAAGAGACCAAGCAAUAUUACAACAAGGUUUGUCACCAAGAGAUGCUGGUUUUGUAGGUAAUAUUCACACUUGGUGCAAUGGGAGAGGAGGUACGGAGAGAAUUCACAUGAGAUUAGAUAGGUUGCUACAUAAUGAAGAAUGGAGUACUAGAUUCCCAAACAUUAAUGUGGAGCACCUAUCUAAGACUGGGUCUGAUCAUAGUUUACUACUUGUCAAUUGCACAAAUGACAACCAACAGGAAACAGAAGUAUAUGGAAACCCUAUGUGGAUAUUACAACAAAAGCUGAAAACUUUGGCUAGAGAGCUUAGUAAGUGGUCCAGAAACAGUAUUGGUGAUGUGUUUGAAAAUGUCAAGAAAUUUGAGAAGGAAGUUUCAGAUGCAGAACCUGCAUACUUAAACUCUGAUGCUGAUACUGAUAGAAUGCGGCAAAAUAAGACAAAAGUUGAAUACAUCAAAUGGUUGAAAAUGGAAGAUUCUAUUUUAAGACAAAAAGCUAGAAUCAAAUGGGCAGAAAAAGGGGAUUCCAAUACGAAGUACUUUCACAGUACUAUCAAGGCUAGGAGAAAAAGAGCCCAAAUUUAUAAGAUUAAAGAUCGAAAUGAUCAAUGGGUCGAAGGUAAUGCAAAUAUCUCCAAAGCUGCAAUUGAUCAUUUCAGUGAAAUUUUCACUAGGAACUCAAGGGAUAUAAAUAUGGACUUUAUUAGAGGAUGUGAUAAUCUGGAUAACUGGACUCAACAAGGGUCUCUUUAUCAGAUGCUAAAUCCUACUGUCAAGCCAGAUACUUUGAAGUUGAUCAAAAGUAUUCACAUUAGUAAGGAAGAUGAAAAGGACCAGGCUAUUUGGAAUACGAAUAGCAAUGGACUUUUUACAUGUUCCAGUGCUUUCGAUUUACUGAGAAAUAAACGAGUAGCCCCUCCUAUCUAUAAUUACAUAUGGAUAAAAGAAAUUCCUUUCAAGGUUUCUUUCUUCAUGUGGAAGCUUUUAAAGAAAAAUCUCCCUCUGGAUGCUAAUCUCUCAAGAUUUAACAUUGACAAAGGUGCUAGUUGUUGUUGUUGUAGGACUGCAUGUGUGGAAACUGAUCAAGGUGGCAAUCAGAAAGAAAUUCAAAUCCGUAGACUACACCUAGAACUGGAGCAAAGUUUGUUUACAAGCAGAAAAUUUCAAAGCAAUGAUAACAAGUAA